GGAGUAAAGGAGGCCAUCUUUGUGAAAAGAAAUUGUCCAUCAUUAAACAGAUCUCUGCUGGUCCAUUUGGAGAAUGGCUACUUGAUGAAAGGCCUGGACCAGCUCUGUUCACAUUUGCACUUUUAUCAUAAAUAUGUCGACAACAUCUACAACGCCAAAACAAUGCUUGAGAUCCAGCUGAAGAAAAACAAGGCCUUCAUACGUUUCAAGAAACUACAAGAAGCUCGACCGGAGUUCAACAACCAAAAGCUGGAGGACUUACUUCGAACGCCCCUUCAGCGAAUAAAGCAAUAUAAUCAUUUUCUACAAGACUUGACUGGAAACACGAGUCCACAGAGCCCAGACUUUGAGCAGCUGUCAAGGGCUACAGCUGCAGUGUCUGAGGUGUCCCAGCGCAUCCACGACAAUACUCAACGGCACGAGAACCACCUGCAGCUUUGCCGAGUACAGAAACUGCUGAAAGGGCGAAAAACGAAGGUGUUGGCUGCAGGACGGUGGUUCAUCCGUGAGGGCUGGCUAAAGACUGUUCCUGCCAAAGGCACAGAGGCAAAGCCCAGGAUGUUCUUCUUGUUCUCGGACAUGCUGCUGCAGGCCAAGCGCUGCAGCCCACUGCAUCCCACCAGUGGGCAGAAGUUCGCCGGCCAACACGCCUACCCUCUGCAGGACGCAGCUGUGGAGAAGGUGUUUGGUCACACCACAAGCCAAGGAGGUCUGCUCAGUGUAACCUUCCCCAGAGCCAAACUCCUGCUGAUGUCUACCAACCAGCAGGACCUCAAUGACUGGUACCAGUGCCUGAGCUCAACUAUCAGGAAGCUGCGGUCCAAGCAGACGGUGGUUCUUCAGAGUGAUGAGCUGAGCCGCAGAGCUCUUCGAUUGGCCGUGGACACAAACUGCUGCACACCUGGUACCAAGAGAAACAUGAUCAACUCUGACUCCACUGAGCAUGCUCAGAAGGUCCUGGCUGAGGCCGAGUGCAGCCCCUCGAAGAAGAUGAAGCCGUCUGCUGCUGCAGAGCGCAGCAGUGCAGAAGCCUCCUCCAGCUGUGAGAUCCUCUGA